GAAUGCAGAAAAUCUGGCAAACCAGAACCAAAUGAACUUUUUGUUUUUGUUUUUAAAUACGCGGUUUACGUCCAAGGAUCAUGGUGGAGCAGUACAGAACCUUACGCUUAGAUUUUAAAAGACUACAGGUCUGUUUUCUAUCUGCGAAGUAACUUCUUUUGAAUUGUUUGAGAGAGUUAGGAUUGCCUAGCUACGAGACAUGACAUGAGGUCCGGGUGAAGCCAUCAGUCAUCUGAUUCAUGGGGAAAUAAAAGGAAGAGCUGACUGUGUGUUGAAGCAGACGGCAUAUCGGAAUGGCUUCAGGAGUGUUUCCCCGCGAGAAAGCGCGAUUUCUCCCCGAUAUCUAUGAGAAGAGCCUCGUUAAAGUUAAAGCCAGGCUGCAGGAAAAAGAUAUGAAAAACCCCAGCAAAAGGAGGGAGAUGAUGACCGCCGCCAGGAUAAAUGCAGAUGAAAUAGCACAGUCUCGUCACAGUCUGCACCAGAAUCUUUGUGUGUCCAUGCUGCAGGAAGGAUUUCAUCUCUCCUUUAAAGAGUUUUUCUCUUUGCUGCAGCGCUGUAAGUCACAGCGCUUAGCCAUGGGUCCGGACAACGAGCUGUGUCUGAAACCCUCUCUGGAGGAGCAACCGGACAAACUGAAGACGCUGAAAGAGCACCUGACCCGCGCUGAGGUUGCACGAAGAGCUGACAAAUUUGUGGAGGUGUAUGAGAGUUAUUCAGCUCUGGCGAGGUUUUUCUCCGAGCCAGAGGACAUGCGGCUGCGUCAUCACUUUUACGAGCUCAGCCUGGAAGCCGCCCGCAAAGUCAAGAUGGAUUCCGGCAGGAGGGAGGCGGAGGCCAGUGAACACCUCGGACAUCUGUAUUUAGAGCGAGGAGAUUUGGAACUGGCGCAAGAGCAUUUUGAGACGUUUCACCACCUUGCAGCAAGACGCGCACACCUGUCUCGUGCACGUGAAAGUCUCUGUAGGGUUUACACGCUGCUGGCACAAAGACAGAUGAAGCAUGAAGAAUAUCAGAAAGCCAUUCGGCUCCUUAAGCAGGCCCACGAGAUGGCUAAAGAAGCGGGUGAUAAGAAAAUGGAGGGCGAGACGGCGUACAGCAUCGGACUGGCCUAUCAGAGCCUGGGCAAUCAAACAAUCGCUAGACAGUUCCUGAGCAUGUUCAUGGAGAUCUCCACAGCACUGGGAGACAUGGAGAGCCUCGGCAAAGCCCAAAAGGCCAUUGCUAAAUCCCUGAAAAGUGAGGGUAAAAUAAAUGACACAAUCAAGCAUCUACAGAAAUAUCUUGAGGUUUGUCGGGAGAACAAUCAGCAUGAAAACCUACAGGAUGCUUACAUGUGCCUGGGGUCCCUACACAUGUCCAGAGCUGAGUACGAGCAAGGCUGUGAGGAUUUCACCCGGGCCUUUGAGAUGGCAUGCAGCCUCAACUCCAAACCAUGCAUUCAGAAAGCUCAGGUGUGUGCAGGCAUUGCGCGAGCUCAUUCCUUGCUGCAGGGGUACACUGCCCAGUUAAAGAGCAACCGGCCACACACCUUACCUCCUGGAUAGAGACACAAGAGGAGAAGUUCCACAAGAGGAUGAGAGACAUAAUAAAAUGAAAUGACGACAGCUGGAGAGGAGAACGCGCAGACCUCCUCCAACAUUUUCUUUCCUUUUUGCUGUUUUAUUUAACCCCCAGCAAUACUAAAUUCCUAAUCAUUAGAUGAAUAUAAAUCAUCAAAUUCUCAUGUGUGUAUUCUGAUUAAGCAACUUUUCCAAAUAUUUUAACAACUGGAAACGAGAUUUGAUUAUGCAUUGCACAAUUUAUUAUUUUUUUUGUAUUUUUAAUAAGUGUUCUAUCAUAUUAGAAUUGAAUGACACAUAUUUUUUAGUUUUAGUUCUGUAUAGUAACACAGAUGUACUUAUUCAUAAUUAUUUACACUCACUCACUCAUCGUCUAUAACACUUUAUCCUGUACACAUGAUCAAUGGGGUAUCCCAGGUGACUUGGGGCACGAGGUGGGGUACACCCUGGACGUGGUGACAAUCCAUUGUAGGGCACACACAUACACAAACUCACACACUUAUUCACACGCUACCAUGUCUUUGGACUGUGGGAAAAAACCCACCAAGCAUGGGGAGACAUGCAAACUCUCCCCGGAAUCAAACCCGAAAAGGAAUUAAUGUAAACCCGGACCCUGAAGGUGGAAGGCGACAGUGUUAACAGUAACCAGUUGCCUAACUUUUUACAAUAUGGACAAUAUUAAUGAAAUAAGACAUUAAACACCCUUUUCAUUAAACAAAAUCAA